AAACUCGAAAGUUACAAGUUCUAGGGCUCACUUAGCUCCUUCAAUUUAAUUCUCCUUCUUCUUCCGAGCUCUGUACAAUACAUUUCUUUCUCCUCUCCCUGCUGCUAUAACGGUCGUUUGUUUUCUCGGCCAUGGACGCACACCAAAAUGAAGCUGUUCUUGAUGGAGAAACGAACAACAUUAGAUCCCCAGACCAUGCCGAGGAGGAGGAUAAGCCCCAGGCGCACACUGGAGAUGGAGCUAGUCCGGGAAAAAUUUUUGUCGGAGGUCUAGCAAGGGAGACUACUUCAGUGCAAUUUGUCAAGCAUUUUGGUAAAUAUGGUGAAAUUACGGAUUCUGUGAUAAUGAAGGACCGGAGAACGGGGCAACCUCGUGGAUUCGGGUUUGUGACUUAUGCCGAUCCCACUGUGGUUGAUAAAGUCAUUCAGGACAAUCAUAUUAUCAAUGGGAAACAAGUGGAAAUCAAGCGAACAAUACCUAAAGGAAUGGGUGGCUCCAAGGAUUUCAAGACUAAGAAGAUAUUUGUGGGUGGAAUUCCCACAACACUAAAUGAAGAUGAGUUCAAAGAUUUCUUUAUGCAAUUCGGAGAAGUGAAAGAACAUCAAAUCAUGCGGGAUCAUUCCACCAGUCGUUCUCGUGGCUUUGGGUUUAUUACAUUUGACUCAGAACAAGCAGUUGACGAUCUAUUAAAGAAGGGGAACCGGCUUGAAAUGACUGGGACACAGGUGGAGAUCAAGAAGGCAGAGCCAAAGAAACCAAACCCCCCGCCUCCCCCAUCUAAGCGACACAAUGAUUCUAGGUCUUCAUUUGGUGGUGAAUUUGGGGACACUUAUGCUGAAUUUGGUGGUGGCGGAUUUGGAGCUGGUGGAUAUGGCAGUGGGAGCUUUGGUGGAGGCAGUGCUAUUUAUAGAUCAGGUGGUGCCUAUGGGGGCAGAGCAGGCUCCUAUGGAGGAUUUGGUGGAGGUGACUUUGGUGGUUAUGGAGGAUAUGGUGGAAGCGUAGGAGCAUUUAGAGGUGAACCGUCCCUUGGAUAUUCCAGUCGAUAUGGAGGGGGCAGCUUUAAUAGAGGUUACGAAAUGGGAGGUAGUUAUGGAGGUGCUGGUGAGCUUUAUGGUGGAUAUGGUGGCAAUAGUGGUGGUGCUGGCAGUCGCAGUGCCUACGGCAGUGGGUAUGAUGCUGGGCUUGGUGGUGGUUAUGGAGGUGGCAGUGGUGGCUCCUUCGGAAGUAGAGGAGGAUAUGGUGGUGCUGGGAAUAGCCGGUAUCACCCUUAUGGAAGAUAGAAGAAGGGUUUCUUCUCUCUAGUUCAAAGGAGGCAUAUAUGCCAUUAUCUCAA